UCCUUCUCACGUCAAUUUUCUGAAGCCCCGGCUACAGCCACCGUCAUGAAGAGGGAGGGUCGCCAACAUGGAAUGGUCAGGUCUUACCAGAUUCUACCCCCAUCCCUCAACCCCCGACCCAAGACCCGAUACCUGAACCGCUUCGAUUCACCUCCCACCGCCGGCCUCUUCGCCAAGGUUCCCUCUAAACCCACCAACCACUCCAAGUUCACCGGCAAGUGUGCUGUCCCCGGCUGCAAUGCCUGCCACAUCCUCCCAUCCUCCAAGUCCAGGCACAAGGCCAAAGGCACCCACAAGCUCAAAUCCUCCGACGUCGGCCGCAACGCUCGCCUCGCCUCCUGGCGGGUUGUUGAUGCCCGACCAGGUUUCACUCCUCCCGGCCUAUCCGUGACCCGGAUGUUGGAUCAUCUCUCAGUUGACAACUCCGAAGACGAAGGUGAUGAGGAGGAGGUCGGUGGUUGUUCUGUGAGUCCGAAGGGUUCCUAUUGUUUUGCUGACCUAUUUCGAAGUGGUUACAAUGCUGAGAAUCGGUGUGAUGACGACGAAAAUGGUUUUUGCGAGGGCGAUUGGGUGAGUAAUGAAUAUGAUGAGGCUUUCAUUUCUGAGAUGGGAUUGCAGGUCGAAGAAGAUGGGGAUUGGUAUUUCGUGGAAUCGUAUUCGUGAUUGAUAAUUAAGUGUUAAAUUGCUGAGAUUGUGAUGCGGUUAAGGGGUUUAAGUUCGGACUUGAAUUGCUCAAUUCAAAUAUUUCCGAUGAUUAGUGGAAGGUCAGUGCUGUUGCUGAUGUGUCGUGUUGUGCUUAUCCACUUGGCAUUUUCUUUCGGUGGACAAGAUUAAGAUGAAACAAGCUGAAAUUGUUCUUUGGCCAAAAUGAUUACCUCACGUAAUCAUCAUUGUUACUAAGGUCAUCACAAAUCUGUAUUUUCUUCUUCUUGUUUUUUUUUUUUUUGGCAAUCUGUUUUAUUUUCAAACCCCUGUGAACGUAGAUAUAAAUAUAUAUAAUUUCAUUUCAUAGAA